AUUGUACUCGUGGCCCGAUUACAUGUGGAGCAGCAUGUGCUACCUACCGGAAAGCUAUAAAGAGCACUUGUCCGCUACAGAAUAAUAAUGCUGCGCUCGCUCUUGUUCUGCGUACUCCUGGGUACCUGCACUAUCUACUAUUUCAAACCCCAGAUUCGCCAAUCCAUGUCUGCCCUCCUUCCUUCUUCCUCCGACCUGACAGCCUGGCGCACACGUGCCCAGUCUCACCCUUAUCCCGACUCAUACUCCCCCGCCCGCGCCAACCUCGCCCUCGUCGUUCUGCGCAACAGCCAGGUAGAGCAUUUCGACUUCACCCUCGCGGUAUUCAAAGAUAAAGUCGCCAUCGACGCCAACGGCAACGUGCUCGUUCUCUCAGAGGAGGACUAUGCCAACAUGAUGGCUCUCGCCUACCAAGCAUUGGAUCUCCCUGACACAGGCUCUUUCGGGAAUACAUGGAGGAUUGAGCAUCCUGUCAUCGGGAAGCCCAUCGAUCGGCUCUUGGUUGCGGUUGGCACCGACAUGAAGGAGGUCGGCGUGCAGGGUUACGACAAGGAGAAAAAGGUCUUGAAGAAUCCCGUUGGUGAUAUUACAGAGCUCCCAUCCAUAUUGAGUGACUUGAUGGAAAUCGUCAUGAAGGGUAGAGAUGGGUACACCUUCUACAGGAACCAAGUCGAUCCAGAAACCGUUCAGAAAGUGAAGUCUAUUGUGGCCCAGACGUAGUGAGUCACGGAUGUGUAUUAUGGUAUCAUGUGAAGGAAAACAUAGCGAUAACGGUACAGAAAUUAUACAUCCACACAGCAAAAUCACUGAUAGAUCGGGUAUUCGGAGCACAUUGCUCAGAUCGUGGCAGGCGCUCGCCGUAGCAAAUUACGAGAGGGGUUCUUUUCAGACGCAAGCUUAUGUAUUGCGUUGAGCAAAUCUCCUCGACGGAGUGGUUCUGUCGGCCAUGAUUAGCGUUAGCGAAACGCUGAGACAAAUCUUACUCGUGAUAUGGUCAUCCAUGCCUGCCUGCAGGCAUCGUUCACGGUCACCAAUCAUAGCGUGCGCCGUCAGCGCUAUAAUCGGUAUCCGUGACAAUCCAGUCAGUAACUCAUACGAGCGGAUGAUUUCUGUUGCCUCCAUUCCGCC